AUGUCUACCUUAGAGUCAUCAUCAGCCUCUAGUGAAGCGCCUCCUGACGCUGACCCUUUACACGGGCAGGAGUCUGUACUGCCUCGAUUGGAAACUCUCAUUUCUCAUCUAGUCGCAGCGAAAAGGUCCUUGUCCUCCAUCAACCACGUGUGGCGUGCCAACGAGAUUGUUACGGCUGCUCGUUCCACUUUGGAAGAAAGUGUCGUGGUUUCCGCACGGACCGGCUUUCUGCGUAAUGGUCUCAAUAACCAAUUAAGGUUACUCUACAAUGUAAGAUCUGAGGUGGAGGAAAUAUCCCUCAGGGGUCGAUCCGAAUUCGCCGGUGCACUGAAAAGUCUCGACGCGGCGGAUGCGCGGCUCAGGAAGACACUAGGGUCUCUUCGAGAGACGAUUGUCCAUGCUUCCUUUCGCCCUGAAGGCGAAGAGCCCAAAAGUUUACAUGACUUUGUGGACGAACGGGGUGUCGAAGAACUCCAUGCAACACUGAAAAGUUCAAUUGACCGAACCAAUGCAUCUCAAGCAGAGCUGGACUCCUCCAAUUUCGCCUUCGAUGACGAGCUUCAAGCGAUAAAGAAGGCCUUGGGGAAUUACAGAGCCGCUACCAAAUUGGCCUCUUCCCGAUCUUCUGUCUCUUCGUCUGCCUCACAAUCUGCGUCGAACUCCAGCCUACCAUCUCUAACCUCCAUGCCAUCCAUGGUGCAUUCUUUAGAGAUGCAUGCUCAAGAAAUGGCCAAUUUACUAGAAUCAUUGGUCCGUCAUUUCGAUCUCUGUGUCACCGCUGUUAAGCAUACCGAAGGAGGGGGCGCUGCUGCCAAAUCCAUUACCGGCGAUAUGCCUGCAGGGGUCAUCAGUAGUCGUGGCGGCGCAAACAUUGAGGAAGACAUAAAUUCCAAUUUAAACGCCCCGCUUGAUCCUCUCAGUGACUGUGAGUAUCAGGAAAUGGUGAAUGUCAUCAUCAAUGACGCCGCCGAGGCGGAGGAUGUCGUGAUGGAAAUCCAAGACCGAAUCGGAGAAAUGGAAUCGGUAAUGGAGAAUCUGUUGGCACAACGGGACAACUUUGUUGCUGUAUACAACGCUACCAAGGGUGUCUUCACCCACUUAUCAUCGCUUUCCUCUGCUCGAUUACCAGGAUAUAUAGCAGAGGCUCACAAUUUCACCCGGGUAUGGAAUGAGGAACAUGACCGUAUCAAGGGCGGAUUAGCGGAUCUCUCGGAUCUUAAUUCCCUCUACGAUGGCUUCCUUGAAGCAUACGAUGGCCUUAUCAUCGAGGUAGCACGUCGGAGGCAUGUGCGACACCGGGUCGAGAAGAUUCUCCGUGAUACUCGGCAGAAGUUAGACCAGCUCUACGAGGAGGACGUCAAUGCGCGUGAGACAUUCCGGGUGGAGCAAGGCGAUUAUUUGCCGUCUGAUAUCUGGCCUGGACUUGGCCGUGAGCCCAUGCGCAUAGCCUUUCGUCGCAUCUCCGGUGGCCUUCUGAAGGGGGUUCUCGCGGAAAAUCCUGAUGUCGAAACGCAAAUAGACCAACCUGGAGAUGGUGCUGUACCAAAGACAGCACCACAGCGUGAGGAUUCAGGGGAAGGGGAAAUCAUCCCCGAGCUGCCAAAAUCACUAUUUGAGCAAGCCCUUGCUCGGCUAAAAGGCCGAAGCAGAGCUGUCAGUUAG